AUGUCCCCGUUAACCCUAACCUCCCUCCCCCCAGAACUCCUCCUCCAAAUCGCCUCGAAGCUCCCCGACCGUGCCUCGCUCAACUCCUUCCUCCAAACAAACCGCUACACACAUGCCCUCCUCCACUCCACCCUCUACACCCAGAACAUCAGGCACGACAACUCCUCCGCCCUCAUCUGGGCUGCUACCUGCGACUGCAUCGCGACCGCUAAACAUCUCAUAAAUUAUGGCGCGGACAUCCACGCCAAAUCCGGGCGCGUGCCGACACGAUCAGGCAAAUCGGGCGUGCAGACGCCGUUCACGAUUGCGGCGCGGGCUGGGCAUAUGGAGAUGCUGAGGUUGUUGAUUUCGAGUAAUGGGGGCGUUAUUCCAGGCAUGCGUCACGAGCGGGAGAACGAGCGGGCAGGUGAGCGUUCUAAGUCUAACUUGUAUGUUAAUAGGCCGCUGUUAGCGAUGGCGGCAGAAGAAGGGCAGGUGGAGGUUGUGGAGAUGUUGCUUGAGGAAUUCAACGUGGUUAAUGUAGAUUCAACGGAUUGGAUGAGGAGGACGGCGUUGUCUAGGGUGGCAAUUGCGGCUGCUUCGAAGCAUGGAUAUUUCCUUGGGUCAUACGUCGACAUGGAAGCGCAACAAAGGGCGAGGGAAUUCGAGGAGAGGCUGGAAGCUGUCAUGCGACUGCUGUUGAAGCAUGGAGCGAAUCCAAGACAUGUAGAUAAGGAUGGCCGCAUGCCGCUGGCGGUCGCGGCGGAAAAAAGGGGAUCUGUAGCUAUUGCGCGGCUGUUGUUGGAGUAUGGGGCUGAUCCAAAUCAGGGAAGUUUUGAAGGGACGCCGUUGAUGCUUGCCGCUAGGUCGGGGUGUAUCGAUGUGGUUCGCCUCCUGCUUGAAUACUGCGAUGCUGGGUGUGGUGUGGUGGAUCUUGAGGCGCGAGAUCGUAGCGGCGUCACGGCGAUAGGCUAUGCUGUCCGAGCUGGGCAAGGAGACAUCGCCCGCCUACUUCUAGAUCGCGGCGUGGAUCCAGACUCCGUCGACGACAAUGGGUAUACGCCCAUAUUCUGGGCGGUGGAGGCUUGUCAUGAGGAGAUGGUGCGCCUUCUGCUCUCCCAGUCUCGUCCAGUCGAUGUGAACCGCCUACAAGGGCCGGAUCGCUAUUGGACGGUGUUCACCAAGGCGAUGGAUUCGACCGAGCAGAUUUUAUGGCUAUUACUGUCGCUCGGAAAGCAUGUGGACAUCAACUCGUGCACAUCGGAUGGUAUGCCUGCGCUAGUAGUGGCGGCAGUGGAGUCUCAGAAGGGUGCAGCCCUCGUCCGGGUGCUCCUUGGGCAGAAGGGAAUCAUACCUGAUCAAAGGGACCGGGAUGGGAUGACAGCGCUGGCACAUGCGGUGCGCAUGAGCAAGUAUGAGGUUGCCCAACUGCUUCUCAAAUCCGCGGACGUGGAUGUUAAUUCUAGAGAUUAUCAUGGAAGAUCGCCGGUGUGUCACGUCUACCCUUCAGAUUCAACUAUGGAUAUGCUCCAUUUGUUGGUGAAGCAUGGUGCCGAUGUUGAUGCCAGCGAGUACGGGGAAGGUCAAACGCUGUUCGAGCGCGCUUGGAGGAAAGAGGCACUAGAGACGAUGGACUUUCUCUUUAAAGCCGGGGCGGAUCCGAAGUUGGCAUAUAGCAGGACUGGAACUCAUACUAACAGCGAGCUUCAUCUAUGUCACGAUGCUCUAUUUCAGUUGGCUAUGCGUAAUGGUCAUGCCAGCUUGUUGAAACAUAUCCUCGCCAUGGACUUGGACGACGAUGAAAUUGAUCCAACGAACACUAUGGACGAAUUGGGAAGGACGCCGCUAUGCUAUGCUGCCCUGCAUGGCUUUAAAGAUCUUGUCAAGGUGUUGCUUGCACACCGCAGCACUGGGAGGGGUCGGAGCAAGAACAUCCAACGGGCUUCCCUCCCUUUUGCACUGACUCUGGCGGCAAUGAACGGACACGAUAGGAUUGUUCUACAACUGCUAGAUGCAGGCGCCCAUGGCCCCAAGUCUCACUCUGAUCGGGGGUUCAUGCGUCUGCUGAAGUCGAUGGAUGGCGGAUAUCAGGAGGUGAUGAAGAUGUACAUGCGCUUGCACUCGCGCUCUAGAAAGGGCGGCAAUCCUUCCUCUUGCUACCCCCCGUGGUUGCCAUUAUUCUUCGCCACCGUGUACGGGCAUCAGCAAGUUGUGAAGACGCUUAUUGCAAGCCAGCCUGGCAUGAGGCUACGGACAGUAAUGGAUACUAAGGAAGUGGAGAUGGAGAUGGAGGAUGAAAUGGAAGUGGAAGUGGAAGAGGAGGGGGAGGAGUGGGGGGAGGAGGAGGAGGAGGGAGAGGGGGAGGAGGAAGAGGAGGAAGAGGAGGAAGAGAAGGAAGAGGAGGAAGAGGAAGAAGUCAGUAGAGUCAUUGAUAUGACACCUUUGUGGCUAGCAGAGGAGUAUGUAUGGGCAACAGGCGGGGCAGUGUCUUCAUCCGAGUUUGUGAGAUAUCAACCGGCGAGCACUCCAUUCUCGGUGCGGUAG